CUGAUGGCUAAUGCUGGGAUAAGAGGGUGCUGCCGUGGCGGCCCGCGGGCGGCUUCUCGAGUAUGGCCCCGGCGGGAGGCUCCCCGCGGCUGGUGCUGGUGUUCAGCGGGAAGAGGAAAUCCGGGAAAGACUUCGUGACCAACGCGCUGCAGAGCAGACUGGGAGCUGAUGUCUGUGCCAUCCUGCGACUCUCAGGUCCACUCAAGGAAGAGUUUGCCAAGGAGCACAACUUGAAUUUCCAGAGACUCUUGGAUGCCACGACCUACAAGGAGAGCUACCGGCAGGACAUGAUCCGCUGGGGGGAGGAGAAGCGCCAGGCUGACCCCGGCUUCUUCUGCAGGAAGGUGGUGGAGGGCGUCUCCCAGCCCGUGUGGCUGGUGAGUGAUGCACGGAGGAUGUCAGACGUCCAGUGGUUCCAGGAGGCCUACGGACCACUGAUGCAGACGGUGCGCGUGGUGGCAGAGGAGAAAAGCCGGCAGCAGCGAGGAUGGGUGUUCACGCCAGGGGUGGACGACGCUGAGUCUGAAUGUGGCCUGGACAACUUUGGGGCCUUUGACUGGGUCAUUGAGAACCACGGGGAUGCCCAGCACCUGGAGGAACAGUUGAGGCUCUUGACGGAAUUUGUCCAGCGAAUGGUGGUGGGGUCCUAGGAACUGGGGACAGCAGGAACUAUGGUGGGGGCUGGCCGGUGGGGCGCAGUCGGGGACUCUGCCUGCAGAGGCCAUCACACAAGUGCGAUUCAGCGACUGCAGGGCUGACCUGGAGUGAACACGACUGUCCCUGCUCCGGUGAAGGCGGCGGUAGACUGGCUGGGCCUGAGGAACCCUCCCUGUUCCGGGUCCCCGGCUGGCCCCUUCUGCCUGUUCUGGCCAGGAGCUUAGUUUCCG